AUGUUUUCGAAGUUGUCAGUCCUCCUUGUGUGCCUGUGUGCGGGCAAUAGCCUCGCUCUGACCCACAAUCUCGACGGCACACAUUUAUUCCAUCUAACACUGAAGAACCAUGUGAAAAUCCAACGGCUGCAGGUGGAAACCGAAACGCUGGCGGAAGCUCACCAGGAUAAAACGACAACUUGCUUUAACCAUUACACGCCAAUCUUCAGCAACUUAACCAAUCAGUACGAGUACGAUUAUAAUGUGUGUCUCGACAACUAUGAUAAUGCUAGCGAAAUUAUCGAUGCCAAAUACGCCCCAGCCCGUAAUCAAUUCCAAAAUACCAUCCUUGAAUCAUGUAAAUCCCUCUAUGGCUGCAAUGUGAAUUCAACCAGUAAUUAUACAGCUUUCGAUUGUAUUGCCGAACAUGCCGCCGAACAGUCAAAGGCCCUCUACAACCUAUCGGCCAAUGGCACGGAAAUCUCUGCCAAAAUUAAGGAGGAAUAUCGUGUGAUUGAUGUCCAGAAAGAAAUUUGUAUUAACAAUGCCGAAUGGAUUUACGUGGUCGAGAGUGCAGACACAUAUGAAGAGUUAAAUACCUGCCUCAGGGGUGAUCUAAUUAUCGUAACCCCUGGUCCCGAUAUACCCGGUACAUCACUUAUCACAACUACUUCAGACAAUACGCCAGUACCGACUGCUCCUGUGAUAGUAGAUGCACCACCGACACCAUCUUAAAUAGUUCUUUAUGGCAAUGUUUUUACGACAAUUUGAGGCAACAGAAGGGUCUACAUUUCAAAAAUAAAAAUUC